CACCCAUUGCAACUCAUUGUCUUCCCUCGAUUUUCCCCCAAAACACAAACACUUCGAAAACUCACAUUACACACUCCCUCACUCCCUGUCUUUGCCAUCUCACUCAUUCCCCGACGAAAGCGCCGACAUUUUCGCGCCGGAGCUCGUAAAAUGCAGGCUCCUACAAAACAAGAAGACUACAACGAGAUAUUUCGCAGCUCAAGCGGCUCUUCCAUUCCGAUCCUCGAACUUUCGGACACGGAUGGUUCGGUUAAUUUAAGGAGCUCGGAGAUUAAUUAUAAGGAUGUUUUUUCUGGUUGUAGUGAAGAUACACAAGCUAUUGGUGUCUCUUAUCAGGACUUGCUGUCUGCUAAUGUCAGGACUCGAUCAGCAUCAGAAGUUCCAUUGAAGAAGUUGGAUUGUCCAACAUUUCCCAAAGAAAAUCAAUUGCUUUGCGCUGAAGACUCAUCACUGAAUUUUGAUGAUAAAAAAAACUUUAAUAUGUCCUAUAACAAGACUAGUGCAGGAAGCCAAGAUAGGUCAAAUGGGACAAUACAUGUUGCUCAAUUCCAUCCUGAACCCGGGUUCACUACUUUUGUUGACGAUAGCAGUCCACAAGAGUCAAAAUUUGAGAAGCCAGAUCCCUCGGUAACAAGUGAUAUUCGUCCCAAACUGGAUUUCAGUGACAGGAAACCGGAGAAGGCCAUCCAACAUAUUGAUACCCAGAGAUCUAGUAGAAGAGAAGUUAAUUCUAGAAACAAAUUCCAGCAGGAUGGCUCAAUUUCCAACAAUAAGCUACUUAAUAAAGACGUGGAUGAUCUUAGACAGCGACUUCCGCCGCUCGUGGAAAAGAAUAAUAGCAAUAUUUUAAAGAGAUCAACAGUUUCCAACUCUGAGGAUCCUGAAGGUAUUGCAUAUGAACAUGCUACGGGUGAUGAUUCUCAGUCUUUCUUUAGUGAGGAACUUCAUUUGAACUCGACUUCUGCAAUCGCUGCAGCUGCACUUAAAGAUGCAAUACAGAAGGCUCAGAAAAUAAUUGAAAUUGCAAAGAAGUUGAUGGAAAGAAAAAAGAGUGGAUUGCACAGUCGGUCAAAUCAAGUAUUCGAAGAUUUUUUUAGGGUUGAAGUUAGAAAACAGAAUCCGAUUGCACAUGAAGAGAAGAGAAUUGACAACAUUAAUGCUAAAGACACAUGCGAUUAUGUUGAUUCUUUAUUGAAUGCUUUCUCUUGGAGAUGGAAGAAUGCAUUUAGGCACGGACAAGAUGAUUUGUACUUCAGAACUUCUACCUCAGCGAAGGUCACAAAUGCACAAAACCAUGCUACAAAUGUAAAGCGUGAACCAGCAGUUUCCACAGCAAGUAAUAUAUGGAAUAACAGAGCAGCCUUACCUGAACAGCAAGUCAUCAUGAAUAAGCAUGAAUAUGAUGCCAGGGAGGGGAAUUUAACUAGGGAAGCCUUGAUGAAGCAAGAAAUUAAUGUUGAAAAAGAGGAAGAUAAUGAGAAAGCUUAUGAAUCAGUGUUCAUUAAGCAGAAGGAACAUGCUGUUGUAAUGGAUAGUGAGUUGGAAAGUAGUGCAAAUAAAUUAGCUAAAGAUGUGGGCGUGGACUAUUCUCUCGUUUCCCAAGAGGAUGGAGAUUGUGGGAAGAUUCAGCAUGAACAGAACAUAAAAGAUGAACUGAAGUUUAAGUUUGUUUUGUUAGAGAAUAGUGAUUAUGAGAAGAUGACAUGCAAAACUCAAAAUCAAGAUCACAACAAACCAAAAGUAAAUUUUCAGCAACAUUCUGAGAAGGCAACAGAAAAUAUUAAGGAAGAACCUGAACACAGACCAAAAACCAUCUGUGAUGAAGGUUUGGAAGAGAAAUUUGAAGAUGCAUUUGAAUGGGUACCAAAUGAAGAUGAACUAAAUGAUUCUCUGGGCAGUGCAAGUAAUGAGAACGAAAAGGAAACCUAUAUGGCAGAAGUCAUUUGGGGUGAGAGGAGACUGGCUGAAUUGAAUAAAAUGACAAUUGAGGAGAAGAGAUCAACCGAUUUUAAUGGACAUAAAAAAAUUGAAGAGGCUUAUGGAAAGUCUGAGUUAGGUGGAAGCGGAAAUGGUUAUGGAAGUUGUAAUCAAUACGAGAAAACUGAGACUAAACAAACAGGGACCAAAAGGUUGGAAGCACUGCAGCAGUUUGAAUAUGAAUGCACUGUUAAUAGAGAACGUGACCCCCUGAGUCGUGAGGCAAGGGAUAACAUUAUCGAGACUCAAAAACCUUUCCAGCCCUUUAUGUUUGAUGAAAGUUUAAAAGCAGAACAAGUGAAUGAUAACAUCAGAAGCAUCGACACAGCUGCCAAAGAGUUCUGUGACUUUAGAGAGGGCAAGGCAGAAGAAGCUAAGGUGAUAUAUAAGGUACAUAAACUAGAAGAUUUUGAAACUGUUGGCUUGGUUCAAGGAGCUACUGAAGAGAAUGAGGAUAAGAAAAUGAAAAAUGUCUUUGAGGUUAUUUCUUCUGAAGGCAGCAUACCAGGAUUUGGUUUAACUGAUUCGGACCUUGAACACAAAGAAGAUGAGCAAAGAAACAAAGACUUCAAAUCAAACAUAAAUCCUGAUAAUGGUGCUCAGAUUUCAGUUAUUGUAUCUGCAGAGAAGGAAAAUGUUUUUAAAGAGGCUAAAAUUAAUCGUGAUGAGAAAGCAGUAAAAAAUAGUCCUGAUAUAUCAAAUGGGGAAAGAGAUGUGGUGAUUUUGAAGAACUUUGAAGCAUCUUCUGGAUCUGUUGUAUCGAGUGAAAUUGAGAAAGUCAUACAAGUUGAUGAAGAGAUGACUGAUAGACAUAAUACUCAUGUGAAUGGGGAUAGUUGUAAAACUAUUGAAGAGAAAGAAGCAUGCACAAAACCAGAAAAUGAGAUGGAAACAGAAAUUGUUGUUGAAGUUGCUGUGGACAAUGCUAAAGAAGAGGUUGCUAUGAAAGGGACAAAAACUGGGAAGGUAGUUUCAAAAGGAGUGGAAGGAUAUGAGUGCCUGAAGAAAAAUCAUGAAGAAAGCAAAAGGGAGAGACAGCGUGGAAAAGAUAGGAUAGCUGUUGAAACAGCAAUUCAGGAAGCUCGUGCACGGGUAGUUGCUGGAGCAAGAGAAAGGGCAGAAAGGGCUGCUGUGGAGAGAGCUACUGCAGAAGUUCGACAGAGAAUGAUGGCUGAGGCACGAGGAAAGUUCGAGAAGGCUACUACAACAGCUAAACCCCUGGCGGAGAAAACUUUGUUAGAUGCGAAGCUUAGAUCAGAGCGUGCUGCAGUAGAUAGAGCCACAGCAGAGGCUCGAGCACGCGCUCUAGAAAAAGCAUUAUCUAAGAAGCCUACUGCAACGGAGGAUAUUCGGAAAUCUGAUAAAGCUUGUAUUGAAUCGGCUCUUAGGAGUAAGGCAAGGCUGGAACGGGAAGAGAGAGUAAUGGAGCGUGCGGCAAAAGCCCUAGCAGAGAAGAAUAUGCGUGAUCUUCUUGCACAAAAAGAGGAAGCUGAGAAAAAUAGACUAGCAGAAUCCCUUGAUGCCGAAAUUAAAAGAUGGUCCACUGGGAAGGAGGGGAACUUGCGCGCAUUGCUCUCAACCCUGCAAUAUAUCCUUGGUCCUGGUAGUGGUUGGCAACCAAUAUCCCUGACAGAUAUUAUAAUGUCUAAUGCUGUAAAGAAAGCUUACCGAAAAGCCACUCUCCAUGUCCAUCCAGACAAGUUGCAGCAGCGAGGGGCUAGCAUCCGGGAAAAGUACAUUUGCGAGAAGGUUUUCGAUCUCCUCAAGGUAGCUUGGAACAGAUUCAGUUCAGAAGAGCGGUGAUCAGUUCAGAAGAGAGGUGAUCGCAACUUCAGUUAGAGUAGUAUGAGGAGGUUAUAUGACAUUUUAGUAUCGUAGAGGUCCAACCUUGUGUAAGGGCCGCAUACAUAAAUAAUCAUAUACUGUAAAGUUAUCCAACACAAAAAGCUACACACAGGCACUCUGGGUCCGAGAUCCAAAGAAGUGCAUUACCCAGUCAAGACAAUGUCUUUUAUGAAUAUUACUACAAUAUAUUUUGCAAGAACCAAACCUUCGGAAAGGAAAGGGUCGGGUUGAGACUUGAGACACUCUGACCGGAACUAGAGUAUGUUCUUAUGUUUAAGCUCAUCCCAAGGGCAAGGGAAAGCACAAUCCCGUUCAUUAUCUUGAAUUCACUUAAUGUGACCAUACAAGGGAAGCCUACUCGGGACAAAAACUUUAAGGGGUGAAUGCUGAAUAGGUGUAUUGUGCCUUAUUGUGAGUAUUUUUAACUUUUACUUAUA